UGGCUUUGUGCUCUCCAUUAUAAUAAUGACAACUAGCCCACAAGAUGAAACUCGAACUCCUGCUCUGUUGUAGUUUUGUGUCAGCCGCACUGAGAGAGAGGCGCCGACGCUUGCCCUGCGGGGGUAUUGCUAAUGGCAACCUCGUCUUGAUGUCUGGCAACCAGGCAGCAGAAACACAUUACUUUAACGUUUAAGCUUCAUUCUGGGAGGAUUUGGGGUUUAUUAAAGAUGACUGACAUACUGCGGCUGGCGGCAGAAGCGGACAGACGGACUUUACCGACCCUCUCCCAGCUCUCUGAAAACGAUAUUACCUGUAUCUGGGCUGAUGUAUCCGCCUACACUGAACGUCAGAUGACAUUACAGAAGGGGGUCCAUCUGGUAGGACUGGGGACCUUCACCUUUUCUCAGCAGAAGUUGGACAUAGGAAACAAGUUCAUGGUGAUCCAAAGACCCAUCUUUCUCCUUGCUGGGAAACUAGUCCAGUCUCUCGGUUUAAAGCAGGUCAGGCCACUUGCUGCAGCAACACACCUACCAGUGGUGCAACUGAACUUUGCCGCUGUGUCACAAGAGACUCCUUUCAGUCGAGAUGUAGUGGAGGGCUGCAUUAGAGAAACUCUUCUGGUCCUUUUCAGAGCUUUGGCCUCUGAACAAAAUGUGUUCCUCGCCUUCCAGGGAAUUGGAGUUCUGUCCUUUAAGAACAACAAGGUGGCUCAUACGGCGCGGAUGAAGUUCAACAGAGAUUUUAUUAAUACCAUGGAUGGAACCGGUAGGCUGCUGUUAGCCUUUAACAAUAGACCUGGGAGCAGUGUCUCUUUACUGUCUGGUGGACUGUCCAGGCUUCAGAGGCCACAAACUGCCAACCCCAUCACCCUGCCAACUGUCUGCUCCCCUCAAACAGACAACAAAGCUGGUGACAAAGAUCUAUGGAGCUUGUCACCAGCUCCAGACCAGAGGAAUGCAGGAGUUCCCCAACAGAGAGAAACUAAAUCCCUUCAGACACCGCAGCCCGUCACUGUGAAAGCUGAAGAAGAGAAGCCUGAGACCUCAGUCUCUCCACCAGAGGUCUCUCCCAAACUGGAGCAACCUCUUGUGAACAUUAGCUGCUCUGGCCACGCCCGGGCGGGACAGGAGCUGUGCUACCUGUGUAUGCAGCGGGCUCAAAGAAAUGUUCCAGUUUACCUCAGAGAGCAGCAGCAGGCAGAGGAGAAAGCUCAGGAAAAACUCUUACUGCUUAAAGAACAACAGAGAGACAAGCAGUACAUGGACAAAGAACAGGCAAAGCUGAAUGAGCAGCGUGAGCAUGCAAAGCAAAUUGCUUCAUUAAACCUGCAAAUGUCCGACAAGAAAGAGAAGACUUACAGUUCUCUCUUCCCUACUUCAUUCAUCUUUCCGGCUCGGCCUCUCACUCCUGUCCGGAGCAUUCAGCAGCAUCGUUACAUGAACGAGCUUCAGAGCCAGAUAGAGAGCCGGCGGCAACACGAGGCUCGAGACCAGCAGAACUGUCUACUCAUGGAGCGUCUCGACCAGGUCCAGCUGGUCCAGGAGAUAGCUUCGCAGAAGGCUCAGCAGCUUCAGCAGAAACACGAGAGAACUAAGCAUUACAAGAGGGCUCUGGACACUCAGGUGGGAGAUAAGAAGUGCACAGACCCUACAGUGUGCCAGCCUAACAACUCUGGGAUCAACCGCUGUGAGACAGCAGCCAGCAACGCAGAGAGCCGAGACAGGGCACAGAAGCUCUUCCAGGUAAAUUUCAGUGCUGCCACCCAGAGGAAGAAGGAAGAACAGCACAACCGCCAAAAACAGCUGGAGAAAGAGAGAGAAAUUCUCAAACUGAACAAAAUGGAAUUUAUGUUGGACCGCAUAAAUCGCUUUGAGAAGAGGAGGGACCUCAGUAAGUCACUUGAGGAUGAGUGGAGUCGCAGUGCGAAGCUCAAACACCAACGAGAGGAAGAGGAGAGGCGCUUCCUGAGGUCUGCUGGUCAGCUCCUGGUAGAUAAGCUUGCACAGUACAGGCGCUGCUGCCAGUGCAAACGGAGGACCACUAACGGUGGAGAGACCAACAUCUGGAAAGACUCUCAUUAUCUCUCUGGCUCCCAGUUCAUGAUCUGAUGAACAGUGUAGCCAACAGCAGCACUUGAACAUCAAAACCCCACAGCCUGAACAAGACCUCGGCCCUUGUAACUCAUCACGCAGCAGUCAUCAAAGUUUAAAAUAAUAAGUUAAGCAUAUGUGAAGCAUACUUGGAUGUUAUGGUGAGCAGUAUGCGCUAUCCUCUGUUUUAAUGUGAGAUUUAUUCUUGCUCCUUUCUCGUUUCUUGCACUUUUAUUUUCCCCAUAUGGUUGUUUUUUGUAUUUGUAUGUCCAAUGGUUGCAUGUUAUAAUACUCACCGAUAACAUAUCCAUUCAAUAAAAUUACAUAUGUCAGCCCAAUCAAA